GGUCAACAAAUCACCAAGGUGGAAAUUAUUAUUGCUUGGUAUAAAAUUAAAGGUUCAUUAUAAUAACUUUAGAUGAUGUAGAUUGCUUCAAAGUAAAGUUAGUCUUAGAAGAAAUCCAAUGAUUCAGUCCAGACUAAUGGAUAUCGAUCUUGACAAUGCUCAAGAUAUUGAAACAUUUCUCUUCGACACUUUGGAUUUGUUGUGUCAGGAGAAAACCUCAGAAAUCAUCAAGUUAAAGCUUUUAGCAGCUCUUCAAGAAAAAGUGGAAUGGACAUCACUGGAUGUCACCAGUGCAGAGCAUGUCACUGGUUCAUUGAAGAACAUGUAUAGUUACCCUGGGGAAAAUGAUGGACAAUUUUAUAAAUCACAGCUGUUGGUGACUCUGACAAUGGUUCUAAUACUUUCAUCUUCGAAACUGAAGAACUUGCAGGAAAAUUGUGAAACCUUGCACAGCAGUAUUCAAUUUCUGACAGAUGUCAUUUCAAAGAUCAAUGACUCGUCGUCUGUCUUAACCCGAAAAACUGCGUGUGAAUGCCUUUGGGAAAUAGAGAUAUCUUAUCCAGGACUUUUACAAGAUAGACUUGGUUUGUUUUUCGAGCUUUGCGAGAAGGAACUUUCUGUUAUUUUUCAGAGUUACAUGAUACUGUUUGUGACAACGUUGAAGAACGCCAUUGUACACAUAUCAACAUUUCGAAAUGAUAUUCCAGAGGACCAGAAUUAUUUGAAUGAGUUAUUGUUUGGUGAGGCUGACCUCAGUAUGAAGAUGAAUUCUUUAGCGGAGCAGGGACAGGUGAUAGAAGAUCAAUUUCCUCUUGUAGCAAACAUUGUGGGUGGACACCAUUUUGAUAAAAGUUUACCGACGAAGUUCAAAAAUAAAGAAAUCAAGCGAGCUGCAUCGUUCAUCGCAGAAAACUACAAUCUUCUUACUGGCAUACCACUUUUUCAUGUACUUCUUCAGCUGAUGCAUUGCAUAAAAUUGACUUCAUUAUCAUCAAGUGUCUUCAAGUCGCAGUUUGUCAAAAGCUUAUCAAAUACAGUGGAUCUUCCUUUAUUUCAGCUUGUCCUUCUUCUCAAGUCAACAUUUAGAAACCAACUAUUUGAAGACACGGAUACUGUAAUCUUGUUGCAAAGACUCUGUCAUCUAUCGAAUCAACGUGUUCUUGGAAACUCUCAGCGACUUCUCUGCUAUGAUUGGUUAAUUAAUUUUCCUCAUGACGUGAAGGCCCAACAUGAAAGGAAAUACAGUUUUCUCGCUGAAUGUUUGGACUUCACAGAAAAAGCGAAAUUUCAUCCAACAGUUUUCGAUCCUUUGGAAUUGAUUCCUGGAAAAUUAGACGUUUUGUCAUGUUGUUACAUCCCCGGUGACGGUCCAGAUAUUGCAACCGCAACCUUAAUGAACUGUCUGGUAUGUUUGGAGAAGCCGAUAAAACACGGUUUAAAAAGACCCCACGCUGUGCUUCUGUUCCAAGUUUUGUUCGCGUAUUACUCGAGACAUCGCGAGUCGGUCGCGUUAGUUCAGGAAAUUUACAGAUAUCUUCUUUCGAUUGCAACCGAACAGCCGCAUUUAGUUCCAUACGUUUUAAAUAUCACGAUGUCGAUUUCACAACUCACCCCGGAGAGCUACUUACCAAGCGAAAUACUGCGAAAUUUUACCGACUACAUCGUCGCAUUGCCGUUACGAAAACAAAUCAGAAAUAUACAAAACUUUCUGAAAGUCUUCGAGUAUGCAAUGCGAUUGAAAGAUAUACCACCCAAGGGGACCGUUGAAUAUCUCACGCAACUCGCGACGUUUGAUGAGAUACGAAAGAACAGCGGUAAUUGGUCAGUUGGAAACGCCAUACUUCACGUGUGCAGGAAUAUUCUGCAGUACCACGAUACAUCAAAAAUUAUUGCAGAAUUGGGCGAAUGUCUUUUAACUAUAAAUAAAACCAACCAAGACAUUGAUAUUUGUGACCGGGCAAUGUUUUAUUACACAUUAUUAACAACAAUAUCUACGAAAAAAUGCGCUCGUCUGUUGACUGGGACGUUGACUAAUCUCGGCAAAACUAAUCAUCCCUUGGACAAACCGGGUGAGGAAACUUUCAGCUCGCAAUGCAAUUCGCCGCUUUGUAGCAGAAACGUAGCCAUGCAUCAGCCCCCUAAAAUUCUGGUCCCUCCUGAGAAAACUCGUUGUAUAAACGUUGGUCAACCAGCUUGUGUAUUUGCUGAAAAUCUUUGCCACGCCCAUGCGUAUAGGUUGGGCUCAUCUUUUUGCCGAACGAUAUCACUGACAGCUGAGGCUCUUCUUUGUACUAUAGGUCUUGCAGCAGCGUCCCUUCCGCUAACAGCACCAAUUGCGAAGAUCAAUGAACCGUUUUUAAACUUGACCAGUGGUGCUGGACGGGCACGAUGGAGCGACUGUUAUUGGGAGGAUGAUGAUAGCUCAGGUUUUGAGAAUAUCCAAGAAUAUUUCUCAUCCUAUUUAAAGCAAGUUGAAAACAUGGCUGAACACAUGUCAAUAACGAUCCCUUUAUACCUGCAUUAUGUUGUUGAGCCCAGUGAAGAUGUUCCUGAAGCGAUAUUCGCCGUGGUUUUACAACUGCAAACUUCAAGCAACUACAAAACUAUCCAAGACAUUCACGUGCCAUAUUUGUCUUACAAGAAAUCCUAUGAACCAACUGAAGGCUGUCAGAUUGUCGAAGUUACCUUUUCACCUAUAGAACCAGAAGCAGCUUCUUUUAACGUCAGAGUGAUCUUUAGCAACGCUUCUGGUCGUUCAUACAUCAUGGCGUUAAAACCUAUCGUGGUUGAGUUUCAUGACCUCUUCAUCCCGUUGAGACAUUCGGAGAAUAGUUUGUCGAAGCCUGAAUUAGGUUUCACUUUUUCUCCCGAACAAAUGUUUGACACAUUAUGGCAGCACAUUGAAGAACAUCAGUAUUCAAGAAAGAAUCAAAGUUUUUCUGGUGCAAAGUCGAUCGUUUACUUGGAUCUGGAGAGAAACAAGGUCGAAGCAAUUCUCGAGAAACUUGACAACCACAUAAUAAAACGUGAUGAGGUGGAAACAUCGGUUGGUGUCUUUCUUCCACCACAUCAUCACUUUCUCUUGCGGUUUGUCAUUCAUCCAGCUCACUGUGUCGUUCACGUUGCGACGGACAAAUGGCAAAUCCUAGCUUCUUUGGAAGAAUUUUUGAAACAUGGACGAACUAUUAACAUCGAUAGUGCUUCAUCGCCGAUAUCUUAGCCAAAGUUUAACUGAAGAAUCAUACUAACGCUUACUAUUUAAAAACUAUUUACUGGGGAUAUAUUUACAAAGCCUAUGAGUAAGAGAUUUCCGCAGCGUCCACUAAAUUGAGCUAAACACGAUCUUUUGAAAAUCAAAUAAUUAUAUACGUACUUUAUGCUAUUGUAAAUACCCCAUGCCAAACCAAUAAUUUAUUUCGCUUGAGUUCUAAUCGACUUAAUUUUCGACAUGCAAAAACUAAAAUUUUAUAAUUAAAUCGAUAUUAUAUGAAACAUAUUUUCCCUUUUUAUGAGCAAGAAGAAAUAAAAUUGCCCGCUUUUGUUUAUUUAAUGAAUGA